AUGCGUGUUUUUCGACUGAAAAAAAACUAUUAUGGACAACCAGGUGCUGAACCUAUACCCGAUGUUGUAUAUCAAAUGGGUGCUGAAGUAGCAGCACGAUAUUUAGCCUCAGUAGAAAGCGAAAACCAAGCUUAUGGUGCAAUCAAUCCAUAUGAACAAAUAGAUAUGUAUAAUCGAUAUUAUGUUCCAAUGUCAAUCGAAGAAAAUUACUUCGAUGAAGGAGCGAAAUUUCCAAUGGGAGGAUAUCUUCAACAUUCUCCUCCGUUAAAUUUCAUUGCUCCUUCAUUAGGUUCAUAUCGAUCCAGAUCUCAUAAACCAUAUUUCAAUAGUUCAGGCGACUAUUUUUCACGAGCUGGUUCACCUACAUAUUUUGAUCGAUAUCGAUCAAGUAGUCCAGCUCAUUAUCGUCAACAAUCGCUUUCACCUCAAUUGAUACGAUCAGGAUCUUCGUCACAUGUGCCAUUUAUUCCACCAGUAUCUUCAAGUCCUGCUGACAUUGCACGUCGUCUUCAACGUGCUCAACUAUCGCAAGAUAUACAACGCAUGGGACGAUAUCAAGGACAUCAACAAGAAAUGAUGUUGACUAACGCAGGUCAAUUCGUUCCUGAAUAUCAACAAUCACAAAUGCCAUACUAUUCAAUGAAUCCUAUAACACAACAACCACAAAUGUAUCCGUUCUACUAUUAG